UACAGGAAGGGGCAUUAUUAACAAGGAAAACUAAAGAUCCGCGCUUAAAUAUGACCCCUCCCCCUCUCCAAGCCGAUGACACAAGCAGAAUCUUCUCUCUCUCUCUCUCUCUCAUUACUAAGUCUAGAUUCUGCAACUUCGCAUCCAUUCAAUGACGUAAAGAAAGCUCAAAAGCCUUGCGUGUCUGAAACCUGAGAGAGGGGAAAAGAAAGAGACAGAAACAUUCUUGUUAGAGCUUCGCAGUAUCUCCGCCUCAGACUUGGGUGCGCAGAGAUCAGUGAGAAUUUGGUAGUUCUUCCAUGUUUAUGAGUGACUUCUUCCGUAGUAAUCCUGGGAAAGCCUGGAGAACUCUUGGACGGACUCUUCGACUGCAUCCAUGAGAUCACUUCCCUCGCCUUCUCUAGGAUGAGCGACUCUGCUUACAGAGUUGAAACCACGUCGCGUCUCGCUCAAUGGAAGAUCGACAAUUUGGCUUCUUGUACCUACCGGAAAUCCGAUCCCUUCAAAAUCGGAAAUUGGAAUUGGUAUUUAGCAGUGGAGAAGAAUCGGACAUUGUCUAUUAAACUAUAUCCAGAGAUUUCUAAUCUGACGAGAGAGAAACCCCCAAUUGCUUCCUUCAGCAUUCGAGUCCUCUGCUCUGUGGGAGAUCGCAAGGCUCUUGUUCACCCAGGGGUAACAGACAAGCCGCUAAAGAACACCGACGAUUUUGUCUGGACGAUCGAGACUCCACUGACUGGGAAGUUCAUCAUCGAUGUCGAGUUUCUUGAUCUGAAGGUCAUAUCGCCAAACGGUGGUGAACCUUGUUCCAUCUGGGCUGAAGGAUUCAUCCAAAAACAGUCGAAUGAAGGAGCUUUAGGAUCCCUUGGCCGAAUGUUGUCUGAAAGCAUCCACACAGACAUAACAAUCAAUGCCUCUGAUGGGAGCAUUGGAGCGCACCGUUCCGUCCUUGCAGCACGAUCACCUGUCUUCCGCAGUAUGUUUGCACAUGACCUCAAAGAGAAGGAACUCUCAACCAUAAACAUCUCUGACAUGUCAAUCGAUGCUUGCCAGGCCUUCCUAGAUUACAUCUAUGGGAUCAUCCAACAUGAUCAGUUUCUCACCCACCGACUAGCACUCCUUCGUGCAGCCGAUAAGUAUGACAUCUCUGUCCUGAAAGAGGCAUGCCAUGAGAGCCUUUUAGAAGAUAUUGAUAAUAAAAAUGUACUUGAGAGGCUACAGAGUGCAUCUCUUUAUCAAUUACCAAAACUAAAGAGUAGCUGCAUGAGGUACCUUGUGAAGUUCGGUAAGAUAUUUGACAUUCGAGAUGAUUUCGAUUGCUUUCUGCAAUGUGCAGACAGAGAACUCAUAGCAGAGAUCUUCCAUGAGAUUCUUGCAACUUGGAAAGGUUUCUGAAACACUGCUGAAGGAUAAAAGAAGUGUUCAUGUGAAAAUAGUUUGAUGUGUAUAACAUGUAUGGCUGGGCAGAAUUCUUUAUGCAGGAUUUGUUUCAUGAAGAUAUUCUUUUGUUCAGGAUACUUGGUUAAAUGCUGAUGUACAUCAUUCUUUACACGAAACUAAUAUGUAUGCCUGAACUAGAUUUAUUGUCAGAAGAAAUGUAAAUUAAGAUGUAUGAUUAAACUAGAUUGUUGGUCAGAAGAAAUAUAAAUGAAGACAUUAUUGCUUGUUUGUAGUAUCA